AUGGUAUCCGCUACUUAAGAGAACGCGGCUGCUGGAGUGACCACCAUUACGGCACACAUGUUAUAUCAUCAAAUUACUAGUCUCAGAUCUCUUCGGACGCUGUUAUAGUCACGUCUUUCCCGGCGGGAGGAACAUAAAAGACGAGCAAGCACUUUGAAAAACGAUUCGUAACUUUGGUGGGCAGCAGUACAGAACUGUCGGCCCUUGCAACUCUGCUCGGACUGUUUAUCCUAACUAAAGACGCAAGAAACCUAUGUAUUAUUGCCUCUCCAGAUGGCUAGCCACUAAAAAUAGUUUGUUUUAUGUUUUCUUGAGCUACUCACAAGUGCUUACCUUGGGACAAAAAGGCCAUCGCAGCUUUCAAGCACAGUAAGGUUUCCUCUGGAACUUCAAGACCUAGUCUUUCCAGCUUAUUCCAAGUUGUGAAGCUUUUACUUAUUAUUACGGCGUGACAGCUGCUGGGCAGAUUUCUCAGGUUACUAUUAUAUAACUGCUCAUCUGCAUCCUUGGACUUCUAGCAGAGAGAAUGGCGACCGUCACUCAAAUUGCGGUGCCAACUGCGGCCCUUAUCUGGCUGCUUGCCUGGCGACUGCCGUAUCACAUGCUAGAAUUCGUCACGGGCCUUGGCUUGGCAGCAUUGGCAGUGUUUGUGUCGUACUGGUCAGUGUGGCACAUUCGAAGGCUUUUCCUCAAUGGAUCCGUCGAGCCCCAUGGCAAGAGCGUUCUAGUCACAGGCUGUGAUACUGGUCUUGGUCACAUCUUGGCGAAACAACUGGCAGCUGGAGGCUUCUUCGUCUAUGCGGGGUGUCUAAAUGCCGCUGGAGAAGGGGCCGAAAUUCUUCGCGGAGUGGCCAACGUAACAGUGCUGCAAAUGGACGUUACGAAAGAUAAAGAUGUCGAGGCGGCAUUAGAAGCCGUGGGAAUGACCCUUGGCAAAAGAGAGCUAUGGGCUGUGGUGGCCAACGCCGGCGUUCCAAGUCUCGGCUACAUUGAGUGGCAGCCCAUGAGCCGCAUACAUUACGUGUUCGAAGUGAAUACCUUCGGCGUGAUUCGCGUCGCCAGGGCGUUCCUCCCGCUGAUGCGCAAGACUCCCGGCAGCAGACUCGUCAUUGUCACCAGUCUUCUAGGACGAAUGUCAAUGCCGGCCUCCAUGACCUACUGCAUGUCCAAGCACGCUUCCACAUCGCUGGCGGACUCCCUUCGCCGCCAGUACUAUGACAGGGGAGUGCACGUGGCCACUGUGGAGCCGGGUGCAUACAGGACUCCCAUGGCCAACCACGACACUAUGGCGAAGACCCUGCGAAGUGACCUGAGUCUCCUGCCUGCAAGCGUGCGCAGCGCGAUCAGCGACCACUCCCUGGGAAGUCUGCGCAAGUCAUCGGACACUCUGUACGCGUCCAUCAUGCGGGACGAUUUGCAAGAGGCCGUAGACGUCAUGAAAUCGGCCGUGCGGGACCUCAUUCCCAAGGCCUACUACAGAGCCGGAGGGUUCAAGGACAUCCUCUUGCGCCGGCUGUACGAAGUGUCUCCGGCCGAAGUGACGGACGAAUUCGUCCACAUCAUCCGCAAGGUGGCACGGGCUGCGCGCCGUAAGGCAUAGACAGAUGCAUUUCGCGGCGGUCAUGGUGGCCUGCCUGGACUGUUUAGAUGCUUGAAGUUAUACUGCGCCUAUAAGGCAGUGAAGCCUAAGUACUAAAUGAAUACCAUAUUCUCUAGUACAGGCAGCUUUCCUCUUCGUUUCAGUAAUUCGGCCUUUGGUACGGCUGUAAGAUGAACGAAGGUCAGGUUGCGGACAAGGUGCUGAAAAAGCGCUGCAGUCCAGUGUACGAGAAAUAUACUCAUAGAACGCUUACAGUAUGACCAACAGUGGUGUCGCCUGAGUGACCGUUUGAACAUUUUCGAAGAAAGCCCUGUAUCAGCGAGAAAACUGCUUGGACCAUGGUCGCGCCCUGAUAAGCGGGAGCGCGCCGUCAGUGCUCUUCGUGAAUUCUUGGUGGACAACUAUCUCAAGAACGGCCUCUCUGGGCUCUGCCAUCUCUUGUUUGUGCGAGGGCCAGUCGAGUGAUAAACAUUGCACAAGUAAUAUGCACGUUUUGAUGCGAGAUUCUGCAAGUGUGAUGUGGUGAUUGGAACAAAAGAACUAGGCCAUGCUUUCCGGUGUUCGUGCCCGUGGUGACAGUACUUACACGCUUGUGACUUCUGUUAUAGCGUGUGCGGUGCUCUUUGUGG